AUGACAUCUUCCUCUCCUGCGCUACAGACGCACCCGCCACUCCUCGUCACCAUCCGCUUCCCAACAUCUCUCCCCGAUGUCGACAUUCACAUCUCCUCGCCCAAAACUACCACUGUUGUAGCGCUAAAACAGACGCUUCGAUCCCGAAUAUCCUCCGAAUCUCGCCUCCGCCUCAUCUACCAGGGCCGCAUCCUCGAGGACAGUGCCCGCCUCACCACAGCUCUUCGGCCGCUUCCCCUUCCUUCAGUCGAUCCCGGAUCAUCUGCACAGGAUGCCAAGGGGAAAGGGAAAGGGCUUGAUCUCCCGAAACCUAUCAGAGUAUACCUCAACUGCUCAAUAGGCGACGAACUAUCUCCAACAGAGCUCAGAGACGAGAGAAUCGCUGCUGAGCGACCACCAGGCGAAGCAGAUGCUAGCGACAAGGUGCCCAAGUCGACACCUUUCAAACGCGCACGACCUCGAGGGUUCGACCGCCUUCUCCAGGCUGGCUUUACGCAGUCUGAAAUUUCUACCCUGCGCACGCAGUUUGCCUCUAUUCACUCGUCUCGGUUCGCCCCAGAUGCGAUGCCUUCCCCAGAUACAAUGCGCAGCAUGGAGGACUCGUGGAUCGACAGCAACGCCGGAGAAGCCCCUACUCCCGGCGGCGGCCUAGAUGAAGAGCAUGGCGGUAUGGCGGCUGUUCUUGAUGUGCUCAUCAAGGGUAUGAUGAUUGGCUUCUUCUUUCCCCUCGGCAGCUUGGCCUGGCUUCUUAGACAGGGUGUCUGGGGCGAGAAAUGGCAAAUAUUCGUUGGCUCUGGAGUCAUUUUAAGCUUGACUGUAGGAGUAGUAAUGAGCCUAUCAUCUGACCGGCCGUAG